AUGAGACUUUCUACUGUUUGCUCUGUUCUGGCCGCUUGUUCGACUGCCCUUGCUACUCCGCUGUUCAAGCGCGAAACGCUCAAUGCUUCCAAUAGCUCCAGUAUUGCCUGGAACACUAGCAAUCACUCCAACGCUACUGCUGGUCCUGAUAGUGAGAUUGGUACCAAGUUGAAGGUGUUUGUUACUGGUGGCGAUGUUUCAUUGUUGCCAAGCAACUCUUCUACUUUCGAAACUGAGGUUUUGUUCAACAGUUCUAUGGCUUUGAAUGUUACUCAGCUUUACGAUGUUGCUUCUCAAGUUAAUGAAACUUUGCAAGAUGACACUUAUCACGGUGUUGUGAUUGUUUCUAACAGCCGUUCUGUUGAGUCUCUAGGUUUCUUCUCCACUGUUGUUUUCGAAACCAACAAGACUGUUGUUGUCUCUGAAGAUGCUACCUCUGCUGUGCAAGUUGCAAUGGACUACGAAUCGCAAUAUCGCGGUGCUUUGACUGUUGCUAAGAAGGGUGGUGUUAUUUACAGUGGUUUGUUUGCUCCAGUGGGUCCACGUUCCAACGGUAUUCCCGUUGGUAUCUUGAGCAAUGACGAAGUCGUUUGGUUCUUCGAAGCAGCUUCUCCUUUGCUCGUUGCUCCAGACUCUGCUCUAAGAACUAACUACUCUUUCACCGAAACAAACAUUACAACUUCUCCAGUGGUUCCUAUCGUUUACGAUGGUGACUACUCCCAGGACUUGGUCGACUCCUUGAGUGGGUCUAUCGAUGGUUUGGUUGUUGCUGUAUCUGGUUAUGCUACCAACUCCAGUUCUUCUACUUUGGCUAGCUCCGAUGUUCCUAUUGUUUAUGCUGCAGCUUCAAGCGACCUCGCAUAUGUCUCUACAGAAGAUGUGCCAGAAGGCGCAAUUGCUGCCGGCUACUUAUCUCCAGUCAAAGCUCAAUUGCUUGUCUCUAUCGCUGUGGCCAAUCAAGUUACAGACCCAGAGAGCAUUAGCAGUCUAUUCCCAUGA